CAAGGAGUUCAGGGCUCACCCUAAUAAGAGACUCAACAGCUAAAGCUGCAGUGGUCCCCGGCUUCCCAGCUAUUAUCCAGAGUUCUACCCUCUGGAGAUCUCUUGGCAGUGCUCCUGGGUUCAAUGCAGAUGUGGUUUUCAUGCUGGUCCCACGAUCUCCCCCAGAGCUCUGUCCUCCCUGUGCUCUGUCCUUGGACCCCAGUUUGGGGGCAGAGAAAUGCAGGGGAUGGAGACUGGCUGGAUCCAGGAGUGUUUGUGGGAAGCAAGUAGGGUGGGGGUGAGGGUUCUGCUCAGUAGGGCUGGUCUAGGGAAACCCCUACCAGCCCCUACAGCUCCCGGGAGACUUAGGGGGCGCGCAGAUUAUGCCCCUGAGGAACAGAGUAGGCGGUUUUUCGAUUCCACGGCUUCCACCCCACACAGAACAGUCCGUGGCUUUUAGACCAGAUCUGCGCAAAUUUUUAGAGUCAACUCUGCACCUCCCCGCGUCUAGCGAAGCCUCUUGGCGGCGGCAGACUCUUCACUGCUCCGCCUUUGGGUUCUGUCGCUGUCCUGGACGCGGGUGCUCCCCGGGGCCGGCCACAGGCUCCUUGGGACAAGUCUGCGCGCGCUGGGUCCCCAAGCUCGCUGCGAGCCACGCAAGAGCGCUCUUUGCCAGGACGCGGCAGGGCGCGGAGUUUUCCCAGCCCGCCACCCGUGGCGUCUGAUUCCCUGCGCCCCGACCGCAGCGGAAGAAGUCGGUCGGCGGGGACUCGCGGUUCCCUCUGGGAAAGGGUCUUUUUGCCUCCGCUGCGGUUCAGAUCUCUGUGGGGUGCGCAGACAGCAAAGACCUGAACUACCCAAGUUCCACGCAGUCGGGAGAGUGGGCGAAAAGGCAGCUGACAUCACUCGGGGCGGGGCCACAAGUCCUCAGAAAAGCGAGUGGGACAUGAUCCGCAUCAGCCGCCGCGGGAACAUCCUCGCCAUGAGCGGCUACAACAGCUCCGAGCUCCAGGUGGUCUGCAGCCCCGGGCAGCUGUUCCUGCAGCCUCUCUGGGACCGCCUGAAGACCUGGGAGGCCGUCCUGCAAUCGCCCUUCUUCCCGGUCAUCUUCUCCAUCUUCACCUACGUGGGCUUCUGCCUGCCCUUCGUGGUGCUGGACUUCCUGUGCCCCUGGCUGCCGGCUCUGCGUCGCUACAAGAUCCACCCCGACUUCUCGCCGUCCCCGCGACAGCUGCUGCCCUGCCUGGGGCAGACGCUCUACCAGCACUUGGUGUUCGUGUUCCCGGUGUCGCUGCUGCACUGGGCGCGCAGCCCGGCGCACCUACCCCUCGAGCCCCCCGAGCUGCUCCAGCUGGUGCGUCACGUCGUGCUCUGCUUGCUGCUCUUCGACACCGAGUUUUUCGCGUGGCACGUGCUGCACCACAAGGUGCCCUGGCUGUACCGCACCUUCCACAAGGUGCACCACAGCAACUCGUCCCCCUUCGCGCUGGCCACGCAGUACAUGAGCGUCUGGGAGCUGUUUUCCUUGGGCUUCUUUGACAUAGCGAAUGUCACGCUGCUCGGGUGCCACCCGCUCACCGUGUUGAUCUUUCACGUGGUCAACAUCUGGCUGUCGGUGGAGGACCACUCCGGCUAUGACUUCCCUUGGUCGACCCACAGACUGGUGCCUUUUGGCUGGUACGGUGGCGUGGCGCACCACGACCUGCAUCACUCACAGUUUAAUUGCAACUUCGCUCCCUACUUCACACACUGGGACAAAAUCCUGGGGACCCUGCGUCUUGCAGCCCCCCGAGGGCAAUGGUCUGAGGGCAGUGGGUGCCCCUCAGAUACGGGACAGCUGUGCAUUCCACACUUGAAUCGGAAGAAACACACCUGAGCUAUUUUUUUUUUUAAAGCAAGUAACUUAUUAGCUGAUAAAAACUGUUACAGAUAAAAUCUGAUGUAUUUUUGCUAUCUGACAAAGUAAUUUAUAUACUGUUUGUAUAUUAAGACAGUUGUUUUCUUUGUAUCAAAUUCUAGCUCACUUCAAUAGUGUGGAUUCCUAAAGUGAACACCCAUCCUGGCCCAUUCAAGCCACCUCUAAGGGGAUUUGUUUGCAGUAUGAGGAAUUUCCUAUGUUGAAAGUGCCCUAGAACUUGGUUGAGUGUAUUUUUAUGAAGGAUGCGACUUCUGACUUCAUAUUCCUGCUGGACAGUGACCAAGAUGAUAGCACCUUUUCUAUUUGUUCAUAGAAUUGUAUAUUUAUGUUGAAAGAAAUAUAAUUUGUACUUAAAAAAAAGUUGUGACUCCUGAUGCACUGGCAUUUUGAUGAAACUGAAAAAGGAGGGGAGACUUGGAGGGCAGGUGUUUUGCAGUUUCCUCAGCCUGGCCAGGGACAGAGAGGAGUCUGGGGUGGGCUGUUUUGCUUUGUGUGGGGUUGCUUGUAGGAGGGGAAGCAGGAGAAAUAGUCUGUUUGUUUAGUCUAGAGAUUUUACAGAGGAACAAACUCAGUUAUUCUCAAUGCUUUUCUGCCAAUUGCUGCUUAACAGGUCAAUGCUAUAAUGCUGGGAAAUAUUUGAUUAUUUGGUUUGGGGUGUGUUGGGGGAUUUAUAGAAUCGGAGGAGUGCCUUGCUUUGCUAAACUGGGAAGUCAAGUAUUUGCACAGAGUAGCUGAGAGAAACAGAAAAGGGUUUUGAGUAAGCCCCCGUUUUCAUGAAAUCAUCCUCAGCUAGUGCAAAUGACCACAAUGACCAUGCUUUUAAAAGCUGAAGGUUUUGUAUAUUCUGUUGCCUUAAUUAAAACACACAUGAAGAGUGCACAGCCCUUUCUUAAAGAAAGAUAAAGCAAAAUUUGGCCCUGAAUCUCUGGCUUCUCAUCUGUAAAAGGAGAUGGUGUCCCAGAUGUUCUUGUAGAUUACUUGUGACAGUAAGUGUCCCACAUACCUGUCACCCUUCAAGCACCCCAUCUGCUGCUGCCCGACUGUUAUAGUAUUAACUCUGGAAUGUAAUUCAUAUUUUGCUGAGUUAAAAAUCAAGAUAAUUUAUACAAACACUUCAAAAACAGAAACUUUGCCUGUAAUUCUAGGCUCAUUAUAUAUGAACCAAACAAUCUUUUUUGGAAGGUGAAAAAAAUCCAUUGGAAAACCUGGUCUCCAUGGUCUGCCAGCUUCGGAGACUUCUGAGACAUGGGCUUAAGUCUUCCACAUGAUUGUCAGGAGGUAGCCAGAAUGUGGCUGCUGAGAAGAUUUUUUCAUGUUCCCCCCAACAUGUGCAUUUCCUUGGCUGCUAGACUGAAUUUACCUCCUCUACUGUCCACAGCAGGACAAGGCUGGGAACUAAAGAUGCCUAAAAAGUGAAAUCCACAGAAAGAGGAAGUGAGAUGUGAGGGGAAAAUACUGCUGGAGGUGGUAUAAGAAGGUACUUCAAAGUAUCAUAGAAAAACAGAAUUAAAAGGUAACUUUGUUCUGAUGCAAAAAGGUUUUUCUAAGUCAUGCAUAGUUCUUUUUUUGGUAAUAGACAUUUUCCAUGAAUUUUUUGAAGACAUCGUGUAUGCAUGGACUUAAAAAUUGUUUCACUCAACUUUUAUUCCACUCUCCAUGAACUUUUUGAAGCCCUCUUAUAUUACUAUCAUGAUGAAUGUAAAAUUUGUAAAAGUGUCAUGUUGCCCCACCAUCCAAGGGAAUGUUAGAUUUGGGGCAAGUUUUACACAUGGAAAGUAUCUGGACUUAGAAAUAGAAACACUGUCUCAGGGUGGGUGUUGUGACCCAGCAGAUUAAACAGCUGCUUGGGACAUCUGCAUUCCAUAUUGGAGUGCUGUUUCUAGUCUCACUAACUUUAUGCUUCUGAUCCAGCUUCUUGGUAAUGCAUCCUGGGAGACAGCAGGUGAUGGUGCAAGUGCUUGGGACCCUGCCACCCAUGUAGGAGACCCAGAUGGAGUUCCUAGCUCCUGGCUUCAGCCUGGCCCAGCUCUGGCUCUGUGGACAUUUGAGGAAUGAGUCAGUAGAUGAAAGAUCUCUCUGUCUCUCCCUCUUUCUUUCUGUAACUUUGCCUUCAAAUAAAUAAAUAAAUCUUUUUUAAAGGUAAUUCUAUCAAAA